AUGUGUUCGGGACAACGAACGAUGGAACAUGGGUGCUCGCGGAUGGCGCAGCAUAGGCUAGUCGUCCUGUGGUUGAAGGCACCUCAACUGCCAGGAGCGAUGCAAAGGGCGGUUGGCCUGCACGUACGAACUCCUGCGUCGGUCGUCUGGCCCGUGCUCAGUGACGAUCCUAUCAUCCGGUUCUCCUUUGAGGCCUUCCUCUGUGCUUAG